CGAGCGCAGCUUGGAGAACUUGGCCCUGCGCAGCGCCUGGUCCCUUGCACUCCUCUGGGGACCGCUGAGAAGUAGGACCUCGAGCCAUGGGGUGUUUUGAGUGCUGUAUUAAAUGCCUGGGAGGCAUCCCCUAUGCUUCUCUCAUUGCCACCAUCCUGCUCUAUGCUGGGGUUGCCCUGUUCUGUGGCUGUGGUCAUGAAGCACUUUCUGGAACCGUCAACAUUCUGCAAACCUACUUUGAGAUGGCAAGAACUGCUGGAGAUACUCUGGAUGUAUUUACCAUGAUUGACAUCUUUAAGUAUGUGAUCUAUGGCAUCGCAGCUGCAUUCUUUGUGUAUGGCAUUUUGCUGAUGGUGGAAGGUUUCUUCACAACUGGAGCCAUCAAAGAUCUCUAUGGAGAUUUCAAAAUCACCACUUGCGGCAGAUGUGUGAGCGCCUGGUUUAUUAUGCUGACAUACCUUUUCAUGUUGGCUUGGCUGGGAGUCACAGCCUUCACCUCUCUGCCAGUUUACAUGUACUUCAAUCUGUGGACCAUCUGCCGAAACACUACAUUAGUGGAAGGAGCAAAUCUCUGCUUGGAUCUUCGUCAGUUUGGGAUUGUGACAAUCGGAGAGGAAAAGAAAAUUUGCACUGUCUCUGAGAAUUUCUUGAGGAUGUGUGAGUCUACUGAGCUGAACAUGACCUUCCACUUGUUUAUUGUGGCACUUGCUGGAGCUGGGGCAGCAGUUAUUGCUAUGGUUCACUAUCUUAUGGUUCUGUCUGCCAACUGGGCCUACGUGAAAGAUGCCUGUCGGAUGCAGAAGUAUGAGGAUAUCAAGUCCAAGGAGGAGCAAGAGCUUCAUGACAUUCAUUCUACUCGCUCCAAAGAGCGGCUCAAUGCAUACACAUAAAUACAUCUUUCUGUUCUUUCUACCAUUUGAAUGCAUUGGUGUUUAACUAAGGGCCAUCCAACCAUCCAACCUUUGAAAAACAAAAGUGAAAGUGCUUCUCAUCAAUGAUGUGUAGGGUGACUUAUGAAUCACCCGAAUCCAAUUCUUUGUUGUUUAGCACUUAAUUUCCUAAUCUGUUAAAUUGGUGUUAUCAGAUCUCUUCUACAAGCUCCUAUCCAGCCUUUUUUUUGUUUUAAAAUUUCUCAAACUCAUUUAAUAGUUCUGUAAGAUCAAAAACACUAACAUUGUCAAUUGAAAGAUUUGUUUUUUAACAAUUUCCCAUGUGUUAUACAUAACACAUUUUGCAUUAUUUCUUAUGCUUUGAAAUGAAAAUAGCUUUUUAUACUUUUUAGUUUUGAUUUCGGUAACUAGUUUAACUACAGGUAACCUUCAAAGGGACCAUUGUACAUUUUGAAUAUUAGACAGAGAUACCAUCAUGAUGACUCUUGUUGAAAUAAGGAAAUCUUGUCUGGAAAUCAGUGGCCACAUUGCUAUAUAGGCCCUGGUUAAUGUUUUCAUCAAUCUAAGGUGCAAUUUCUAAAUUUAUAAGAGUAGGUUAAAAAAAGUGCUUCUUAUCUUUGUUAACAUUGUAUUUUUUCUUGAUGUACUUCAAUGGUAUUUCUCUCUGAUUACUCAUAUUUAUGUUGUGAGCAUGUAGAAACAGUGAUGCUAAUGCAUGGCUAGUUGCCUUUAUAAGAUUGUGACAUCAGGCUUACCUUUUAAAGUUUAGAAUAGAGACAAUUUUAAUGGAAAUAAUUACUGUGGACUAUUGGAGAAUGAUCUUUUUGUGAUUUAAGCAGUGGCUGGAUUGGAACUUUUAAUAUGCUAAUGUGGAAAAUAAUUACCUUUAUGAAGGUGGUAUAUUAAAAAUAAGCACACUAACCCCUCAGAACUCUUUUUACCUACUUUAAAAAAUUUUAAUGGAUUGCACCUCUGUAAACUAUUCCUAAAAUGUGUAUGAUAUAUUUGAAAAGGCUUCCAUUAAUAUAAUAGCUUUGCUUGCAAUCUUCCAAUCUAUGUCGGUUUACCUGUAGCAUUUUCUAAACUGUGGUCAGCGGCCACUAUAGAAUGUACUGUUUGGAAGUGUAGUGAUAUAUUUGUGUUUUUAUUUUAAGUAGGUCAUUUAACCGAAUGUUCAUUCAUAGUCAUUUAUAAAAAGUACCUGUAUCAAAGGAAUUUUUAAAAAAAAUCAGUAUUAUUGGACCAAAUCUGGUGUUUGUUUUAACCUUCACUCUUCCUUUGAUUAUUUCUAAUGCUACAAGAAUGCUGUAAGUGUCUUUAAAAUGAUGUAGCCUGACAAGACAUUUUUGUCAGUGUAUAAAGCUAGGUAGUGUUGUGCACUGAUUUGACCAUUGUGAAAUCCUUUCUCAGUGUAAGUGCAUUUCUAAUAAACUUUAUUGAGUGAAACAAUCUUUGUACAACUACUAAUCAUGCAUCAUCAGUGAUUUUACAAGUUCUUGUAGUAGAUAGGGGGUAUUACUAGAGUUAUCUGUGGCAUGAUUAUGCAUUCUGUAGGAUUAAUUAAUUUGGGGUUCAUUUUGCUUCAUUUUUACACUUAGAUUAUCUUACUGGUUCAACAUUUUUCUGACAUAUGCAGUAUUACAGAUAUUCAGCAAAAGUAUUAAUGGGCUCUUUAAAUUCUAUACUAUAGUGUUUCAGUUCUGUGUCUCUACAGUUUGUGAUGAUUUUUAAAACUGUCUCCUAAAUUCAUGUAAUGAUGUUGACACUUUUGGCUUUUAUUUCUAGUAUUAGAGUUUGUAUUUUCACAGAGUGCUUUGUAGCAGGCAUUACAAUUAAUCUGUUUUGUACAUAAAUGUGCCAACAGCUUGAUGGUGGCGUUUUUGAAAUGUAGAACAAA